GACAUUUUGGUUUGGUAAACUAAACAUUGAGAUUAAGGACUCGACUAGCGCUAGAUAUUACUAGUAUUAUGACCGGACAAAGUCAACCUCACAGUCUGUGCUGACACCUCGGAAAAUUAACAACGUUGCCUUGUCCUCCAUGAGUUUCCUCCGCAGGUUGUGCCCCUGUUUGCACAAGGGCGGCGCAGCCUUCCACGACGGCGAUGACGACGACGUAGAUCGCAACCACCCCGGCGACUCCUUCGACCUAAUCUUCGGCCUCCACACUCUCCAACUCGCCACCAACUUCUUCUCCGACAUCAACCGGCUAGGUCAUGGAGGCUUUGGUCCUGUUUUCAGGGGAUUGAUGCCAAAUGGUCAAGAAGUGGCGGUUAAGAAGCUGUCAUUGGAAUCUAGGCAAGGAGAUAGAGAAUUCACCAAUGAAGUCAGGCUAUUACUCAGAAUUCAGCACAAGAACUUGGUUACAUUACUGGGUUGUUGUGCAGAAGGGCCUGAAAAGAUGCUUGUAUAUGAGUAUCUGCCUAACAAAAGCCUUGAUCGCUUUCUGUUUGAUAAGAGAAGGUCUUCAUCUUUGGACUGGGCAACGCGAUUUAGAAUAGUUACAGGUGUGGCAAGAGGACUUCUCUACCUGCAUGAAGAGGCCCCGGAAAGAAUUAUUCACAGGGACAUUAAAGCUAGUAACAUAUUGCUGGAUGAGAAAUUAAAUCCGAAAAUUUCGGACUUUGGUUUGGCAAGGUUGUUUCCUGGGGAGGACACUUAUAUGCAGACAUUUAGGAUUUCUGGUACACAUGGUUACAUGGCCCCUGAAUAUGCAUUGCAUGGAUAUCUGUCUGUGAAGACAGAUGUUUUCAGUUAUGGAGUCCUGCUGUUGGAAAUAGUUAGUGGGAGAAAAAACCAUGAUAUGCAGCUUGGUUCAGAAAAGGCAGAUCUCCUGAGCUAUGCGUGGUCGCUUUAUCAAGGAAGGAAGAUAAUGGACUUAAUUGACCCAACCCUUGGUAGAUAUAAUGGUGAUGAGGCAGCAAUGUGCAUUCAGCUAGGUUUGUUGUGCUGUCAAGCAAGCAUAAUUGAAAGACCUGACAUGAAUAAUGUUAAUCUCAUGCUCUCAAGUGAUUCCUUCACUUUGCCAAGACCAGGAAAACCAGGAAUUCAAGGUCGUGCAGGACGUUGGAAUACAACCUCAACUUCUGCUUUGACCAAUACCAAUGCUAGUAGUGCUACCAGGGUCUCAGGUGGUAGUGGUAGUUUUGUAGAGGAUUAUUCUAGAAAUUCUAUAUCCACCUCUUCUUUUGAUGAAGGAAGAUGAUCUCCAUUCAUAUUGUAUAGGGUGUAAUAGAAGAUCUCUAUUUAUUUAAGGGUAUUCUUUUUCUAAUAUCGAUUUUAUAUUAGUAGAAAUAGUUUGAUGUAUUUUAUGUAUAACCUAUAACUAUAUAUAAAAAGAGAGAGAGAUGAGGUUUUACCCUCCGUUUGGAUUGAAGGAAAGAAAAAUUUUCAUUUU